GCUGAUGAUCCCCCUUUGCGCUAUCUUACUAUAACAAAUCUUGCAGUUGUUUUCCUUUUCCUUCACCAAUCUUCGGGGACUAGGGUCUUCUAACUUUGGACCUACAUCUAUGCCGGCGGAUACAUCGAAGAAUCCCCUGAAUGCUCCCCGUCGUAUAUCUCGCAAAAUAGCAAACGAGGAGGAAACGGAACUCAAGCGCGCUCGUGGUGAAAUAUCGUGCGCAGAGUGCAGAAGGUUGAAACUGAAAUGUGACAAGAAAGUGCCAUGCGGAUCCUGUGUUCGUCGAGGGUGCCCAACCAUCUGUCCUAACGGUCUCGUCCAUUUAUUAUGCAUUCAGUCAGCCUUUAACAUCAUUGUGACAUCUACAGGUAGUCUUUCCACCGGACAGGGUACUCGUUUUGUUCUUGCAGAUACGGAACACCUGCAUCGCAAGAUUAUGGAGAUGGGCCAGCGAAUUCGACAACUCGAGGACGCAUUAUCCAUUUUUCAAGGCGGCGUGUCUGUCGAUGUUCAUCCGCUUCUCACCGAAGAUCUACUCUCCAUAAAAUUUGGACCAGAAGCUCCGAAGCCUAGCAAUGAUGCCACAAAUGAAAGCAGUAAUGUUCCCAUCAAUUCAUUCGGUACUUUAACUAUCGGCGAUGGAGGAGAGUCAAAUUACUUUGGACUUUCUGCAGGUUCAGAGACUUUAUUCAUGGCCGGCGCUGUACUCGAUGGAACUUCGUCCUCGCAACCAGACGAGCUUCCAAGCAUGUCUGCGGAUAUCUCUCGAUUGGAGUCAAGCCUUCCCUUCAGUUUGACUGGUAUUCCUGAUCAUGAUCGGUGUCAAAGUAUCCUGGACUCAUUGUUAAGCCUUUUACCACCAUACCCGCGGGCUUCUACACUCUGCGAGACAUAUAUGGAGCAUGCUGCUUGGAUAUUUCGACCAAUCCGACGAGAAGAGCUGAUUGAUGAUAUGAUGUCACCUGUUUAUGCCCUUGCUCAGAAGCGACAAAGUAACCCAUCUGAAUUUACCGCAGAGUGCCCUGAACAUACCAUCGCCGCUCUCUAUAUGGUCUUUGCCCAGGGCGCUCUCAUGGACUUGACGUUGCCGUCAUGUAAUCAGGAAGCGGAGGACUACUUCCAUCUUGGCCGUGUGGCAUUAUCACUCCGCUCUGUUUUCGAAUCACCGACUGAUCAAACUGUUCAAGCUCUGGCUUUGAUGGGAUACUGUUACAGCAACAGAGGCAAGCGAUACGCGUUAAAUAGUGCGUGGUCUGCCAUUGCACUGGCCAGCAAAUUGGCUCAGAGUAUGGGUCUUCACCGCGACCCUUCCCGAUUUAAUUUGAGCCCGAAGGUUGUUCAGCGUCGACGUACUCUGUUCUGGGAAGUCUUUUCUGCAGAUCUCUUUCAUAGUCUCGCUUUGGGUCGUCCUCCCUCGAACAGGUUAUCGUACAUAGACUGCGAGUUUCCUGAAGACGAGACGACUACUAUGAAUGAUAAAGGGGAGGUCGAGAUUGGGUUUUGGCGAUGGAAGCAUACUUUCACAAGAGACGUAUUCUCUCAGGUUACAGAAUUAACGCUGAGCGCAGAACUUCCAAGUUACGACACUAUCCUAGAACUCGACAGAAAAGUUCGCGAGCAAGUCUUACCUCCGUCUUUAAACCUUUAUCGUUCCAGCGUCAAAGACGAUUACACCACUCCAUCAGCCUAUAUUCGUGGCCGUAUCCUUUUCCAGUUUAGAACGACGACGAUGUUGUUCAUUCAUCGUAGCUUUUUUGCACAAGCCUUGCUCGACUUUCCCACAAAUCCUCUCCGCAGUCCCUACGCUCCAUCAUUCCUCGCUGCAUAUCGUUGUGCGUCGGCAACGAUCAAGACGACUCUCCUUAACUUUCAAAUGUUUCCGGAACUCUAUAUGCGUUGGUGGCCUAUCUGGAGUCAUCUGUUGUCUGCAGCUGUGAUUGUUGGAUCCAUCGUCACACGAGCACCAUCGUCGACUAUGGCGCCUGCUGCAUGGGAGGAAUUGAACCUUGCAGUAGAAAUGUUUUCACGGGGAUCAGAGACAUCAAGUCGCGCUCGACAUGGUUUGGCUAUCCUAAUUGCACUCAAGCUGAAAGCCUUUCAGGCGCUUGAAAGGUAUCGCAGCGGGGCGGCAUCUAACAUGCAGGGCAGUCAAUCCUCCCUCCUUCCGGAGGUGGGGGGUGAUGACGAACUUACCAUGUUUGGUGGCCAGACGCGUGUCCUCGUCAGCAAGAUCCUUUCGCAGCAGAACCGCAAGAAAGUACCAUCGCGCUCUGUUACUCUAUCAGCUGCAGAUCCAUCACAAUCCACCGCGAGUACUCCCUCGGCGUCUGACGACGGCAAUUCACCCUCAGAUUCCAUCCCCGACGUCCACCCUAUGCUUGUAGAAUUCCUGCAAAUGCUUCCUCCCCCAUCCAUGUCAGAUCCCACAAUAGGCACAGGAGAUGUAUCUAUGACCUUCCAAAACCAGUGGGAUGCAAUUUCUCUGCCUCCCGAAUUCAUGACACCGGGCCCCGCGCCCGCGCUAUAUUCCUCCGUCACCCAGACAUCCAAUUCAGUCUCGGCUUUUCAAAACCCCCUCCCACAAUCCCAUCUGUUUGAUCCAACGAGCAUCAGGCCUGACGCUGAUCUUGCUGACCUUGGACUUUAUCUUUCUGGAGAGUCUGGGAUCGACGAACGAUGGAAAUCCUUCAUGCGGGAUUCUGGAAUUUGGGGUGGACCCCAAGGUCAUGACCUCAUGACAGAUACUUAAACAUCUCCUUUCUCGUGGAAACGUGUCAAGUCUAAAUUAUUGAAGUGUAUUGAAGUGACUCUGGCUAUAUAAUCGAUAGUGUUCCAUUACACAUCUAGUAAUUUUAGA